AUGGAUGAGUAUAUCGACGUGACGCUAAGAUGGAUUCCAGGCCAUGAGGGCAUUCCUAGAAACGAAGCCGCAGACAGGGCUGCAAAACGUGCAGCUCUAAUAGGUGCACGAAGGCAGAUUGUGCCAGGAGAUAUCGGCAACUGGACCAUACUCGCAGCAGCUGCAAAGCGCAGAAUACGCCAAUCAACCAAGGAUGCCUGGGAGAAACAGUGGGACAAGCAAAAGGCAGGGAAACCUACCAAAAAACUUACCUCGCCACGACCCGCGGGUCACCCUGACGACCCGGACCGCGACCCGGACCACGGAGGUUCUGGGGUCAUCAGCCCCAACCCUGACCCUCCAUAA